CAUGUACACAAUGCUCCUAGGCAAGAAUGUUUAUCAUUGACGAUGCAGUAAUCAGAUUUCGUUAUCUUCGGAAGUUAUUGUGAGGUUGCAGCUAACAGUCGUCGCCUGGUUGUCAAAUUCUAGAAUCACAAUGGAACAACCCAUCCAGCGUAUGGUGCAUAACUCUUCUUCUCUGACACCAUUGAACCCUGGCAUCGAUACACUGGGUACCAGUUUCCAUAACAAUGAUCACAUAGCUAUAAUUAGUACAAGUGUAGUUAUUGGUUUACUAGGUAUCCUUGGUAACAGUGUUGUCAUAAUGGUAUUUCUGAUGAACCAGAAGUUGAUUCGUACCUUGACUAAUUUGUUCAUCUUUCACCAGUCGUUUAUUGACUUGGUUAGCUCCAUCGUUUUUAUUUCGAUUCGCCUUGACAAAUGGAGACCAUUACUGAGUAGUAGUAUAGCAGAUAUCACGUGUAGACUUUGGUAUUCGGAAUACCUUCUCUGGGUGAUUGUCAUGACAUCUACCUUAAAUCUGCUAUUGGUUUCUUUGGAACGCUACUUAUCAAUCGCUCAUCCAGUGUUUCAUCGCAAUCAUCUCACUCGCAAGAAUGCUAAGCUAUCCAUGUUGAUGGCUUGGUUAAUCAGCAUGGGCUAUCAAGCCUACUGGGCGGUUGUAUCCACGGCAGUAGAUGGAAAGUGUGAACCACAAUGGAUCGACGGAACAGCGCAGACAUUCUUCGGCAUUUUGACCUUUUUCGUCGAGUACCUAAUUCCGCUUGUGCUGAUGACAUUUGCUUAUGCUAGUAUCAUCUCCAGACUGAACAAACGCUGUCGUGUUUCAACUUUGAAUGACACACGUGCAUAUACUAUGGGCGCAGUGCUAACUGAGAUACCAAGCAGUAGUGCAAGUAGCACACUGCGUCUAGGUAGGCAGACUAGAAUACCACCUUCACACGCAUCAACCAAUGCUCGGAUUUACAUGUUUUCGAAAGCCAAAAGAAAUGUUGCCAAGACACUUUGUAUUGUAUUUGCAACCUACGUUAUCUGCUGGACACCCACUGAGUUAGAAUACCUGGUGUAUAACCUCGGCGGACCAUUGGACUUUAACGGCUCACUCCAUCGAGUUACUGUCAUUUUAGUAUUAUGUAAUAUGUGUGUCAAUCCAAUCAUAUACGCCUUAAAAUACAGAGAAUUUCAGACAAACUUUAAGCAGAUGAUUUGCCGUUUAGUUUCUAGGCUCCGUUGUUUUAGGAAUUCCAAGUCGAAAGGUCCGGAGAUGCAACAAUUUAGUUUGAUUCAACUCUCACCCUUACCUUCACAGCUUCGACGGGCACAUAACCAGGCGGAUAACCUGGCUAUGUCAGACCAAAUUUCGGUGUAG